CGCGCACACUCGGCGAGGCGGACCUCCUCCUGCGGAGCUCGUGCGACAGGCGGCUCCUCGCGCCCGCAACAUGGCCUCGAUCGUCACGUCCACGCGCUUCACGGACGAGUACCAGCUGUACGAGGAGCUCGGCAAGGGCGCCUUCUCGGUGGUGCGCAGGUGUGUGAAGAAAUCCACAGGACAGGAAUACGCUGCUAAGAUCAUCAACACAAAGAAACUCUCCGCAAGAGACCAUCAGAAACUGGAGAGAGAGGCUCGCAUCUGUCGUCUGCUGAAGCACCCCAACAUCGUCCGCCUCCAUGACAGCAUCUCGGAGGAGGGCUUCCACUACCUCGUCUUUGACCUGGUCACUGGAGGGGAGCUCUUCGAAGACAUUGUCGCUCGGGAGUAUUACAGCGAGGCUGAUGCCAGCCACUGCAUCAGCCAGAUCCUGGAGAGCGUCAGCUACAUCCACCAGCAUGACGUCGUGCACAGGGACCUCAAGCCCGAGAACCUGCUCCUGGCCAGCAAGAUGAAGGGUGCCGCUGUGAAGCUCGCCGACUUUGGCCUGGCCAUUGAAGUGCAGGGUGACCAACAGGCCUGGUUUGGCUUUGCAGGCACCCCCGGGUACCUCUCUCCUGAGGUCCUCCGGAAGGACCCCUAUGGGAAGCCCGUGGACAUCUGGGCCUGUGGUGUGAUUCUCUACAUACUGCUGGUGGGAUACCCCCCGUUCUGGGAUGAAGACCAGCACAAGCUGUACCAGCAGAUCAAAGCUGGCGCCUACGAUUUCCCCUCCCCCGAGUGGGACACGGUCACUCCGGAGGCCAAGAACCUUAUCAACCAGAUGCUGACCAUCAACCCGGCGAAGAGGAUUACGGCUGACCAGGCUCUGAAGCACCCGUGGGUCUGCCAACGCUCCACCGUGGCAUCCAUGAUGCACCGCCAGGAGACAGUCGAAUGCCUGCGCAAGUUCAACGCCCGCAGGAAGCUCAAGGGCGCCAUCCUCACCACCAUGCUGGUGUCCAGAAAUUUCUCAGUGGGCCGGCAGCAUACGAGCCCUGCUGCUGCCACCACCAGCACUGCUGCUCUGGCGCAGGAAGCCUGUAAAAGUUUACUGAACAAGAAGUCGGACGGUGCGAAGGAGCCUCAGACCACUGUUGUGCACAACCCUUCUGAUGGCAUCAAGGGCUCCACCGAGAGCUGCACCACCACCGAGGAGGAGGAGAUGAAAGGUAGGAAAGUGUCGGGGCCUGGCACCAGCUGUGACAGCGCUGUGAUGAGCCAGUGCAGUGCGACCGAGGAGCCGUCGCCCCCUACAGGGUCUCCGCAGCGCUCACCGGCCACUGUCCCGCUGCAUGACAUAAAGCGCAUGGCUUGGAACAGUACGGGACGUAGCUCUUGUCCCGAGUUAGGGCGCGUUCACUCGUUAUCCCCCGCCGUUCCUCCCGCGCAGGCCCUUGCCCUGCCACAAGGGGGCAGCACCACGGCUCAGCCUCGCAAGCAGGAGAUCAUCAAGAUUACAGAGCAGCUGAUCGAGGCCAUCAACAACGGCGACUUUGAAGCGUACACGAGAAUUUGCGACCCCGGGCUGACCUCCUUCGAACCCGAAGCGCUCGGCAACCUGGUGGAGGGCAUGGAUUUCCACAAGUUCUACUUUGAGAACUUACUGAGCAAGAACAGCAAGCCGGUGCACACGACCAUCCUGAACCCGCACGUGCACCUGAUCGGCGAGGAUGCCGCCUGCAUCGCCUACAUCCGCCUGACGCAGUUCAUCGACACCCAGGGCCGCCCGCGCACCAGUCAGUCGGAGGAGACGCGCGUGUGGCACCGUCGCGAUGCCAAGUGGCUCAACGUGCACUUCCACUGCUCCGGAGCGCCCGCCGCACCCCUGCAGUGAACCACCGCGGGCACAGCUCGCCUGGAUCCCGAAGCCGAUUGGAGCGUCUUGUCUCCGCAUUUGGAUCGGUGCCCGAAGCUGGCCGAAGGAGACCUCCUCGAGUUUUCAACACACGAUUUAAAAAAAAAAAAAAGCAACAAAAAAAGGUAGAAACCAAGUGACCAUCAAAGGAGUCGGACCCCAGCCGGCGGUUGGGGAGCGGCGGCCGCGCCGAGGCCGUCCCUGGGUCAGUGCAUGCAUCUGACACCCGGUGUCCCCGUCUCACGGAUCCGGCUUUCCAAAGUCCUGAAGGUGUUUUACGGUAUCAACACACACACACACACCCACACACACACACACAGCUGUUCAUAUAUGUACUACAGUAACGAAUGAAGGUUUCGGCGAGAUCAGUUUCGUGCGCGUUGAAGGAAUACAGGCGUCGAAAUGAAACCGGAGUUCUGACUGUUUGAAGGGGUAAAAAUGCAUCUGACAAUGGGGCAUGGGGUUGGGGGAAUCAAGGGGGGGGGGGCGUGGAUUCUGACUUUUAGGAACCAUACAACGCACAUGGUGGGUGGAGCCGCUGCGGCGCGCGCAACCGUCACUCCAAAUCACACAGCCAAUACGAUCACUAAAAGCACCAAAGUGUAGAGCUUAGGCAUUUCUGACUUAUUUUUGGAUUGUUUUGUUUUAUUUUUUUUCUUUCUUUCUUUCUCUCUCCUGGGGAAAAAUGGGACGUUUGUCGUACUUUGUCGCGCUGUUGUGGAACCCCUCCUGUUCAAAUGAUGCAUUUUGUGUUUUCGGAGACUGGUGUUUUAAAAAAAAAAAAAAAAAAAAAGACAAAACAAAAAAAGGAGGGUGUUUAUUUAACUUGUAUUAUGUAUUUAGGCACACGUGUGUGAAUACACACACGCGCACAUAGAUGUUAUUUACGUAUAUAUGAAGAAAACGCGAACGUCUGUCACGUUCCGGGUGGGGGUAGGAUUAAGCCCCGCCCAUUUGGCUGCUUGCUCGGCUUGUGUUUAACAGCCUGUGUCUCCGUACCUGCGAACGCGUUUGUAACGGUACGGCAAACAAGCCUCGUUUUGCCUAUUUAGUGGUGCGCCGCCCACCUGCUCGCCCUGCCCCCGCCUUCCUUUGGGUGGCGCCAUGAACCGCCCGCCCACCCAUGCAGCUGAAGUUGUGCGUUCGGCCGUUGAGGAGCAGCUCCCUCGUUACCGGGUGGCGGAGCGCGGGGUUUGGAGGGGCCGGAGCUCUGCCCCUCACAGGUCAGAGGCCGCACGCUCAGUCCUGACUCCCUUCUCUCUUUCAUAUGCUUUGCUACAAUUUUUGAGGUGAUAUAUUUAAAAAAGGAAAAAAAAAAAAAAAAAGAAAAAAGUGUAUUUAAAGGAAAAAUGGCGUGAACUGUUUUGCACACUCACUUUGAGACUUGAUGCUGUUACGUUCACUGUACGUGGACUCGAUUUCAGGUUGGCCGUCCCCGCCGUGGGGGUGGGCGUUCGAGGACUCAAAGCGGCGCGGUCCGUUUGUCUCUCCGUGUCCAUCUGUGUGUCCCUGCAGUGCGCGCUGGUCUCGCUGGUCGCCGUUGUUCACCGGAGCUCUUGGCGCUCAGACCCCGGUGUGACCCGGGAGGCUCCCUGCAGUAAUGUGUGUAUGUGUUCCCCCCUUUGGCCAAGCCCUUGGUCGCUUGGUUUGGUCUCUACUCGUUCCUGUUGUGAGUCGUGGUCGUGCCGUGGUGGUCUUAGACGUGCUCGUUAUUCCGUCUCGUACUUAUUGAUUCUGUACAUAUAGCCCAGUGGGAUCGGAGCAAAGGGAAGGGGUUCGAAUCGCAGCCCAGUCAAUCAUGCAGUUGCUUUCUGGAGAAAGGAGUUUUCACCCCACCCCCCCCCGCAGACACACACAGACACACCUGCACAGCGCAUGUUUUAUACACAUUUGCACACUAAACUGUAAUAUUAUGCACGUUCCGACACGGUGUGUAUUUGUCAUGGGGCCAGGAGAAUUACACUCAGCAUCUACACCCACACACUCACCGCAAUGGACCAGUUCGAUAGCACAAUUCCGACGGAGAUCCUUGCAUCCCGGUUGUUCGCCGUCCUAGUGCGAGUGUGAGACGCCCGGCCAGAACAGCGAACAACUUCCUGGGGCCAAAUUCCUCAACCUCACAUUUUAAUUAACAUUUUUAAAUUAAUUUUUUAGCGCCUCGUGACAGAGUGCACCCCCGUCUCUCCGGCACGCCGUGCACUCUCUAGCGUCCAUAUCCGCGUUUGUGUUUUUGUUCUUUAAUAUUUAAUUUGCCGUCGGGUGCGGGAAUUUGGCUACCUUGGCUGAUGAGGAGCGUCGCGGCAAUGAAACGGAACCAAGUGUCCGGAAGCGGCGGCUCACUGAUCAGCCAUUUGACAGCACAUGGCUCACAGAGAAGAGAAUUAUAUAUGCAGUUUGAAAUGGAAGCUAUAUGCAUGUACUUUCUGGUAAAUAUUUUUCACCGUCUGUGUUUAUGUGAUAAAUGAAAUUCUGUGUGUUUAGCUGCAUCUUUGAGAUAAAUGAGAACUGAUCCAUCUCGGAUAUAAAGUUACGUAUCGCCUUUAAAAAAGGAAAAAAAAAAAAAAAACCUCUGGAAAGGAACAGAGGCCUCUGCUUGCUCUACUUCAUCCUAGUAAAUCUAACAUAACAGUAUAUUAUGGGGCAAAUUCAAUAUACUCACUUUUAAAUUUGGAUGCUGGAUUUUGCAUGAUUAUUAAACAAAAAAUGAAUUUAAGCCUAUCGAGUGUUUGAAUGUUAGUAUGUCUUCAUUAUAGCUUUGUUAUUGAAACUCGAUCUGGAAGUAUUUAAUAAAAAUAACCUUUAAAGUU